AUGGCCGAUAUACACAGGAAUGAGCCUGGCGUUCCCAGCAAUCCUUGCCAAAGAGGUCCCUGUAAAGGUGGUUCUUCAUGUGUGAUCCUGAAUGAUACCCAUUUUUGCCUGUGUUCGUUAGGAUAUUACUAUAACUCUUCCACAUGCAAAAGAGGAACGUUAUUCCCUGGAAGUAUUACAGUAAAAGUAUCAGAAACAUCUGAUUGGGGAGAUAAAAAUUCUAUGGCCUAUCAAAAACUACAUAUUAAAGUUACUGAUUUUUUUAAGAACACAUUUGGCAAUUCUGAUUACGGACAGACUGUAAUUAAUAAUGUAAGCACCUCUUCUUCAGCAAGAUCAGAAGUGCGUGCUGGUGACAAUGAUGUUGUGGUAGAGGUCUUAAACAUCUUCACAGAAACUACAAAAGAAACUGAGAAGACUGUGGCUGAAUCAAUUCAAAAAGCAAUUGAAAACAACUUGGCUGGCAUCACAAGAUAUAAUUUUCAAACUCUGUGUGAUUAUUACGGUUGUGAAGAGGAAAAUAAGCAAGGCAACUGUAGCAAUGGUUUGCUGUGUAAAUGCAAGCAGGGGAUGGAAAGACCUAACCCCCAGGUCCCUAUGUGUGUUGCUUCUGCUAUAAAGUGUCCCAACACCUGCAAUGCAGACAACAAUAUGCAAUGCUUAGUGAAUGAGAAGAGCGGGAGACCUGAGUGUGUGUGCCUGUCAGGCUACAAGGAAUAUGUUCCUGGGACCUGUCAAGAGUGUGCAUUUGGCUACAGCGGAGUCAACUGUGAAGACAAAUUUCAGCUGAUCCUCACUGUCGUGGGCACCAUUGGCGGUGCCCUCAUUCUUUGCCUGCUGAUUGCAUUGAUCUUCUUAGCAAGGUAUGGAAACAAAAACAAGAAUACUGAAGAACAGAACUUGAUUGAGAACGACUUUCAAAACCUGAGACUGCAGCAGACGACAGGGUUCAGCAAUCUCGGAGCAGAUGGGAGCAUCUUCCCUAAAGUCAGGGCAAAUGUCUCCAGUCAGCCACCGAAUCCCUAUGCACACGGGAGAAGCAUGCCCCGCCCUGACUACUAG